AUGAAAGAUAAAGAGAUUAAUAUGAAAUAUUGUCAUGAUACAACUUGUAAAUUCAUAUUUCCAUAUUUUCAUCAAGAACAAGAAACUCGUGUCAAUAUUCAUACUCGUGUUUACAUACACUUAGCACGAGCUUUAAAUCGUACAAUGGUUUUAGCAAACGUUGGUAAUUCAACUGUCCGUGCAUGUUCUUCAAAUUCAUUCGAUUUUUAUUAUGAUACAGGAGCAUUACAAAAACAAUAUCCUGAUAUUCGAUUUAUAACACAAGAUAAAUUUUCAGAAUGGUCAAAAGAAAGAAAAAUAAGUCCAAUUACGCAACAUUCAUGGAUGAUUCAAGAUGGUAGAAAUGAUUCUUUAACAGUUAGAGAAAAGAAAACUAUGGAAAUCGAUGAAGGAAUUGAAUUUGGAAUUGAUGAAAAAAAAUCAUUUUGUUUAGAUAAAUUUAAUCUAAACAUUACAAAUUAUAAAGAAUUUCAUACAGGAAUUGUGGAAAAAACUGAGAAUUUAACGGAAUUUUAUCGUGUAAAAUUACCAAAAUUUCGUGAAGAAAUGUUGAAUUUUGUUAUCAACAAUUUAAAAACUCCUCAAAUAAUGGAACAUGAAGUAAUAAUGAUAUUAAACAAAUCUCCUAGAAUAAUUUUUCCUGAAGUUGAUAAAGUAAUUCCAUAUUCUCCAUAUAUUAUUGAUCAAUCUAUGAAUAUCAGAAGAAAAUUAAAACCAUAUAUAGCUAUUCAUUGGAGAAUGGAAGAAGGUGAUCCAAUAUUGAUGCCAGAAUGUGCCGAGAGAUUAAUUACAAAGGUUAAAGCAAUUCAAAAGUUGCACAAAAUAAAAAAUGUUUACCUUGCAACGGAUUUUCCAAUUAACGGUGGUAAAGCUCAAUCACAAACAUUUCUUGAAAUUUCAGAUUCUCAUAAAAAAGCUAUGGAAAUACUUGGAUUAAAUGUUAAUACUGAAUUUAAUGGUGCUGGUAUACAUGGAAUACUUGAUAAAUUAAUUUGUAUACAAGCCGAUUAUUUCUUAAGUGGUACAAAAGGUUGUGCUAGGUUGGAUAGUUCUUUCACAAGAGCUAUCCCUUUAAUACGUAUCAAUAUAGUUAUGACAUACGGUGAGUCUUAUAAUCCAAGGGCUCAUAUCGCCCAAUAUCACCAAUGGACAAAUGUUAGUACUAUUCUGGAUCUUAAGGAUAAAUUAGCCACUGUUAAAUUUGCUCUGCAACCAGAACGCACCAGUGGUCUUUAUAUGUUGGAGAAAAUGUAUAAGAUCAAGAAUCUAUUUUCUAUUGAUAAAAGAUUUCCUGUGGAAGAAGCUUACAUUGAUUUACAAUUCUCUGACUGGCCCAUUAUAUUUGAGCAAAUAAGAAAAGCAUUGAAUUAUAGAAGUUCGGAAAAUUGUUUUGACGAUGAAAAUGGUAGUAAGGCUUUUUUAUCUUACGAAAAUUUCGAAGAUUACAUCUGUGAAGAUUCUUUGAAGAAACAAGACACCAACGAGAGGAGGGAAAAGUUCGAACGAGCAUUCGAAUCUUAUUUUUCGAGUAUCGUAGAUAUUGAAAAAAGAAUUAAUAUGGGUAUUGGCGUAUAUACCCGGGAAAUUUUCGAAAACGAAUACCAACUCAAAUGGGAUCAUAAUAAGGCUCCACCAAGAUUAUUAAGUCCACGUCAGAUUCUUAACUCUAUCACUAACGCGGGUUAUGAUUAUACAAGAUACGCGGCUUAUAUUGAGAUUAAUGAUCGAACAUUAACCUUACACCGAUAUUCAGAUUUUCAUUCUCUUUUGAAUUUGAGCGAACUUAAUAAAUACUUAGAUUAUCAACUUAUCCUUAAAGAUCAAGAUCUCGGUAAAAUCGCUUUCCUUUCCCAUCAAGAUUACCCCGAAAGUAAAUACAUCAUCUAUUUUUAUGAAGAUGCUAGCACUUUAUUUGCUACCAUUAUUUCUGAUUCUAAAUUCCCACAAGAUCCAAACAUUAAUUCUUGUGAUUUUCAAACGACAAAAUAUUCAACCGUCUUAAAAUACUGGUGUGGCAAGCCUUAUAUUCCAAAAAAUCAAUUAAUAAAAAAUCUUAAACAAUUGAAACUAAACAUUAAUCAAUGUAAUAAUAAGAAAACUUUUUGUUUGACAAAUAAAAAUGAAACAAAUUGUACUAGCACUUUUCCAUCAGAAACACCCCCAACAAUUAGAUUUCCACCUACAAGUGACCCAAUCCCUCUGAUACCAAAUCUAGGCAAUGGAUACACUGUCAUGUUUCGAAAUCAACCAUAUUUGAGUACUGAUUUAGUUGGUUCAUUAUUGAUUAAUUUGAACAAUACUAUUUCUACCAUUUCAGUCAAAGCAUUAUUAUAUGAUGGAUCUGAAAUACUCGCAAUAACUAAAAUAAAAUAUGAUGGAAAUUCAAUUGAAUUACCUUUUUCACUUACACCAAUUAAACCAAAAUUGGAGGCACAUGAAGUCAAAAUUUUAUUCUACAUUGAAGAUAUGUUGGCUCAUAUUUCAUACACAAAGCUUUAUGUUCUUCCCGUAGGACCAAAAACUGUCAAGAUUGAUCGGUUAUACGGCGGAAUUUUGACCUCAACAAAUGAAACAAUUUUUCCAGUCGGACCGUAUGUUGAUAUUGGUGGAUGGUUAGAAAAGGGAAAUAUUCAAACCAACCUUCAAACUCUCAAGGAUCAGAAUUUUAAUAUCAUUAAUCCUGAUCCACCAUAUCCAAAUAUUUCAUUCGUUCACCAAAUGUUUCAAGCAGCUGAUGUAAUAGGUGGAAUAUAUAUUCAAUUUUCAUUUCGACAUGAUUAUACUGAUAUUCAAAAGGUUAUAAAUCAAGUAAAUCAGUUUAAGAAUUAUUCAAGUUUACUUACAUGGUAUAUCGCGGAUGAACCAGAUGGUGAAAAUUGGACAAAUAGGUCUUCUGCAGUUUUCGAGGCAUAUGAUGUUAUAAAAAAGAUAGAUCCAUAUCAUCCAGUCUCUUUAACGUUAAAUUGUAAAUAUAGUUCUGCAUUUUAUGCUGAUGCUACUGAUGUAUUGGGCACUGGUAUGAUUUUAUUCUCUUCCUCGGUAAUUCUUUUAAAUACUUUAUUGAAGAAAAUUUUAUUAUUAGAUGUUUAUCCAGUCGGUGUAAAUAUGUUACCCUGUACGGAAUAUAGUGAUGUAUGUGGCUGUGAUGAUUGUAUAGGAAGCGUUACACUUGAUAUACCUAAACGAACUCAACAAUAUAUAAAAGAUUUGACUCUAAUAGGCCGAGAAUUUAUUAUAAAAUGGAUGGCACUUCAAGCUUUUUAUGAUCAAAAUGCUUGGUGGGAAAGGGCACCAACAUCCCAAGAACUCAGUGUUAUGUGGCAUAUUUCAAUUAUCUAUGGAUAUAAGUGUCUUAUGUUUUGGAGAUUUCCUUUUUUUCUUGAUCAUUCAGUAAUUGAUCAAAUCAUCGAUUUAAGUAAAGAGAUUAAAGAACUUUCAAAUUAUUUACUUUUUAUGCCACAACUCUCAUCUUCUCAUAUAGUAAUUUCACCUGAUAAUGACAUUUACGUUGGUGUAUGGAUGUCAAAAAAUCAAAAUAAAAUUUUGUUAAUAGUAGUUAACGGUGACAAGAAACUUUCUGUAAAUUUUAGAAUAACUAUCAAAGAUUUGAUUUGUUUGGGUUUACUACCCGGGAUUGGAAGAAUAGAUAAUGAAACAACUAUCAAAGUAUCCAUUAAAAAUGGCGUGUUUGAAGGAAAUUUAAAGAAAUAUGGUGUUGGGACUUUUAUUUUUGAAAAAAAAUUGAUCAAUAGAGCCUAUACAAACUGUUAUGAUAUUCAGGCAUCUAAAGAAUAG